AUGGCCAACAGUGACAAUUCUGUGGCCUGUGGAAUUCACUCAUUGCUACCACAUUGUGGCUGGAUUUGGGUGGCACUCUUUGUAUCUAAUGAUAUGAAAGGAGAGCAGUCCCUUCAGUAUAUUGAAGCUGAGAUGGUAAAGAAAGGUGUCUGUUUGGCCUAUUCAGAAAAGCUCCCUGACACUAAGUCAAGUUGUCACAUUGAAACCACUGAUGCUGAGAGCUUGGAGGUUCAAGCUUCUCAAUGGGGAGAGCAUCAGGCUGAUGGGUGGGGAGCUCAGCUGUGUGGAGGGGUUUUAUAUAAUUCACAGGUCAAGAAUGAUUGGAACUGCCUUGAUUACCUGAAGCCAAGUGUCUUCAGAGAUGGAGAUCUAGUGCUGGGAGUGUUUUUUCCCCUGUACUACAUGGAACCAGAAAGAGAAAUGAUCCAAUUAUCCUUUUUACUCAAGCCUGAGUAUAAAGUGGUGGCAUCUUGGCUGUUUAGAGUCGAUCUAAGAACUAUAGUACUAACAGUCUCAGUAUUGGAGUUGCCGAGCAGGAAGGAUAUCUUUCAUAGGUCCCAGAGUAAAAGUGUAGGUUCUGGUGAGGCUUACGCAUUGUCAGCGAAGGACCUCCAUCAGUGCAAUGAAAAUAGAGAGCAUUUCCCAUGUCCCACAGGAAAAGCAAGGUGGUUGUGGAAGAACUACCAACAUGUCCUGGCUUUUCACUUUGCCAUCCAGGAGAUCAAUAAGAAUCCCCACCUACUCCCCAACAUGUCCUUGGGUUACCAAUUCUACAAUGGUUUUCCCAGUGAUCAGUUCACCUUGUGGAGCACUCUGCACUGGCUCUCAGGACAGGGUAUAUUUGUCCCUAACUACAACUGCAAAAAACAGGACAAAUCAGUCGCCAUCAUUGCAGGAACCACAUCAACAUUUUCUGCUGAAAUUGGAACUCUUUUGGAGCUCUACAAAAUCCCACAGAUCACCUAUGGCCCUUUCGAUCCUCUGCUAAGUGAUAAAGACCAGUUUCCCUCACUCUAUCAGAUGGCCACCAGUGACAGCUCUGUGGUCCAUGGAAUGAUCUCCUUGUUGCUGCAUUUUGGCUGGACUUGGGUGGCGCUCUUUGUAUCUGAUGAUAUGAAAGGAGAGCAGUUCCUUCGGUACUUCGAGGCAGAGAUGGUAAAGAAAGGUCUCUGUGUGGCCUUUACACAAAAGCUCCCUGCCACUAAGAGACUGUAUGCCUCCACUGAUAUCACUUUCAUGACUAGGAUUAGCCUUUCUUCUGCAAAUGUGCACGUACUCUAUGGUGAAGUAAGGAGUCUCAUCAGUGUGGACUUUGCAGGAGAAUACUUUUUAACCAUGGGCAAGGUGUGGAUCAUGGUAGCAAAGUGGAACAUUGUUGUGCAUGAGACAUACCGUGCACUGCACUCUUUCCAUGGAGGCUUCUCAUUUUCACAGCACAAGGGGGAAAUCCCUGGCCUCAAACAUUUUCUCAAGACAGUGGACCCUUCCCACUACCCAGAAGACUUUUACUUCGUUAAACUAUGGUUUCACAUUUUCAGAUGCUUACCUGCUGGGUCACAAUGUGGAGAAAUAGGAGACUGCCCACCAAACAAUUCCUUAGAGUUUUCCCCAGGAGACAUCGACAUAAUGACCAUAUCUGACUCUAGCUAUUUCAUCUACAAUGCUGUGUAUGCAGUGGCCCACGCUCUCCAUAAGAUGUUUCUAGAGAAAGUGGAAAUGGGAUCUCCAGGAGAUGCAGCUCAACCUAAGCUUCUUCCCUGGCAGCUUCACCCACUUCUGAAGAAAAUCCAGUUUAGGAACAGUGCUGGAUAUAACAUAUCCUUCCAUGAAACAAGGCAUGAUGUGGUACAAUAUGAUAUCCAGAAUAUUGUGAAUUUUCCUGUGGGCCUUGGUUUGAUGGUCAACAUUGGAAAGUUUUUCUUUAAGAGUUCACAUGAUGAAGCCUUGGUCAUCAAUGAAGAGAUGAUAGAAUGGCCUGUUGCAUUCAAAAAGACUCCUCAAUCUGUGUGUAGCCAGAGCUGUGGCCCAGGAUUCAGGAAAGUGCCACAGGAAGGAAGACCUGUCUGCUGCUAUACUUGCACUUUUUGCACAGACAGAGACAUUUCCAACCAGACAGAUGCAGAGCAGUGCAUCCGAUGUGCAGAUCACGAGUACCCAAACAUGGAGAGAAACCGCUGCCUCCCCAAGCUGGUGACCUUCUUAGCUUUUGAGGAAUCCCUGGGGAUGGCUCUGGCCUGCACAGCUCUGUGCUUCUCUGUCCUCACAGCUGUGGUCCUCUGGGUCUUUGUGAAGCACCGAGACACUCCCAUCGUCAAGGCCAAUAACAGGACCCUCAGCUACAUCCUGCUCAUCACCCUCCUCCUGUGCUUCCUCUGCUCCUUACUCUUCAUUGGCCGUCCCAACACAGCCACCUGCCUCCUCCGGCAAAUAACAUUUGGCCUUGUGUUUACAGUGGCUGUUUCCACCGUGCUGGCCAAGACCAUCACUGUGAUUCUGGCCUUCAAGGUUACAAAACCUGGAAGAACUAUCAGGCGAUUGCUUGUAUCAGGAGCUUCUAACUCUGUCAUUCCAAUCUGUUUCCUGAUCCAACUGGCUAUCUGUGGCAUCUGGCUUGGGACUUCUCCUCCCUUUAUUGACACAGAUGUACACUCUGAGCAUGGCCACAUCAUCCUGGUAUGCAACAAGGGCUCAGCCACUGCCUUCUACUGUGUCCUGGGCUACCUGGGCUCCUUGGCCCUGGCCAGCUUCACUGUGGCUUUCCUAGCCAGGAACCUGCCUGACACAUUCAAUGAAGCCAAGUUCCUGACCUUCAGCAUGCUGGUGUUCUGCAGUGUCUGGGUGACCUUCCUGCCUGUCUACCACAGCACCAAGGGGAAGGUCAUGGUAGCCGUGGAGGUCUUUUCCAUCUUGGCCUCGAGUGCAGGGCUCCUGGGCUGCAUCUUCCUCCCCAAGUGCUACAUUAUUCUUAUAAGGCCAGAAAGAAAUUCUUUGAAAGAUUUAAAGAAAAGAGCAACUGUUAGUAGACUGAAAUCAAUAAGCAAGAUAGUAGGAGAUGGAUUUAUUGACCCUAAAUAG